AUCAUGGAACAGCCGGGCUGUCGUGGGCUGUCGUUAUAGGUGCCACGCGUCAAUCAACCCUUACUUACCAUUUUUACUCGAUAGAAACUGUCCGAAUAGCUACCAAAAUGUCAAUAAUUACUGUAGUAAAAAAAUUCUGGCAGGAGUAUUCGAAGAACACUGUGAAAAAGCUCAAAAUCAUCGAUGCCUACCUCUUGUACAUCUUCCUCACCGGUGUCAUCCAGUUUGUGUACUGCUGCCUGGUUGGAACAUUCCCCUUCAACAGUUUCCUCAGUGGAUUCAUUUCCGCGGUCUCUUGCUUCGUUCUAGCAGUUUGCUUGAGACUGCAAGUCAAUCCACAGAAUAAAAAUCACUUCUAUGGCAUCAGUCCUGAACGUGGAUUUGCUGAUUUCAUUUUUGCACAUAUUAUUCUGCAUUUAGUGGUGAUGAACUUCAUCGGUUAAGGAACAAUACGAUGUAAAGUCUUCAAGAUGCUCUAACAAUCCUCAUAAGUCAUUGUCUUUUUCAUAUUGAAAUAAAGUUAUUUGUCUAGGGAAUUUG